AUGUUCCAGGUCCAGGAUUGUUUCUUUAUACAGAACGAGGUCUUGAUUUCAUGUAAUCCAUAAACUCUCUAUUAACUCUAUAAAGUUUUUCUGCUUAUUGUUUAAUGGAUUUAACAUCUGUAAUAUUGUAAUUUCCUGGACCUGGAGUUUGAAUAUGAUGUCCAAAAAUUAGUCGUUAACUUUUGGGGAAGGUAGGUCCACAAAAUUUAAUUUACUAAUUUUGAUUGGGUUCUCCAAUUACAAAGUUUUCAGAAUAAAUUUGAAGUUUAGGAAAACGAUCAGCCUUACCAAAGGUUGAUUAUUUAUUCAUGUGAAGUAUAAUUUAAUUUUAAUAAACAAAAAAUUUUGUAACUUUCAUUAGUUUUAAGAGAAUAUUUAUGA